AGUAAAGACCAAAGGACAACAUCCCUCCUGAGGCUGAAGAAAUACGCAAGAACACACACACAAUACACAUUACCAUUACUGGGAGAAGAGGAGCCCGAGCAAAGACAAAGAGUGCACAUUUGUCUUCAAACAAGAAAGUUUUUAUUUUUACUACACUGACCUUUAAAGGAAUACAAGACUAGAAACCGGUUUGUUUUGAUUCUUUACACGCGUCAAUUUGUCAGUUACCUUGGAGAUGAGGAGACGUUUUCGCGCUUCAAUUAAGACUUAGGUUUUCGCGACUGGCCCUCGUUAUUACUCAGUGUGUUUACAGGGCGAUAAAACACACACUUUCUGCGAACGUCUUACAAAAGUGACCGCGAGCAUGAUGAUGAAUGGACAUCUGUCAGAGGAGGUUGUUGGAAGUACAACUCUGUUCGGUUUAUAGUCAAAUUGUUUUACGGUAGGAAUUCAUGAACUGAUUUGUUUGUUGAAUCUACACGUUAUUUAAGAAAAUGAGUAUCCCCAUCCUCUCUGUGACCUGUUUAAUGGCUUGCAUACUCUCAGUUCAGUGUAGUCUGGGAGCUGAGACAGUGUCUCAGGAGUCUCAGUGUGCUUCUUGUGGACUCGGGCAUCCGGAUGAGUCGGGGCGAAUGGACACAGACUUUCUGGAGGCGGUUAAAAGGCACAUAUUGAACCGACUGCAGAUGAGAGAGAGACCAAAUAUCACUCAUCCCAUUCCUAAAGCUGCCAUGGUAACGGCGCUGCGCAAACUUCACGCGGGUAAAGUUCGGGAGGACGGGAGGGUUGAAAUUCCCAACUUGGAUGGACAUGCUGCCUACAACGAGGUGCAAGAAGAAACGUCGGAAAUAAUUAGUUUCGCCGAGUCAGAUGAUGUGACUCCAUCGAAGUCCAGCCUCUACUUCUUAAUUUCCAAUGAGGGGAAUCAGAACCUCUACGUGUUGCAGGCAAACCUUUGGCUUUACUUCAAGCUGUUGCCAGGUACUCAGGAAAAAGGAGUGCGACGGAAGGUGAUGGUGAGAGUUCACUACUAUGAGCCUGGAGGGCAGAACAUGCACUGGCCCAUGAUGGAAAAACGUGUGGAGUUGAAGCGCAGUGGCUGGCACACCUUCCCUGUGUCCGAGGCCGUACGUGAAAUGCUGGCAAAAGGGGGUCGUCGGCAGGACCUUGACAUUCACUGCGAUGGCUGCGAGGCUGCCAACGUUCAGCCAAUCCUGGUGGACCCAAACGAUCCCUCACACCGACCCUUCCUGGUGGUCCACGCCCAGCAGGCGGACGGGAAACACCGUAUCCGAAAGCGAGGCCUGGAGUGUGACGGCACCAAUGGAGGUUUGUGCUGCCGACAGCAGUUUUACAUUGACUUCCGGCUCAUUGGCUGGAACGACUGGAUCAUCGCGCCAGCAGGGUACUAUGGGAACUACUGUGAAGGCAGCUGCCCAGCUUUCUUGGCAGGAGUUCCAGGUUCUGCCUCAUCAUUUCACACAGCAGUAGUAAACCAGUACCGCAUGAGAGGCAUGAGUCCUGGUUCAGUCAACUCCUGCUGCAUACCCACCAAACUCAGCACCAUGUCCAUGCUCUACUUCGAUGACGAAUACAACAUCGUCAAGCGUGACGUGCCUAACAUGAUCGUGGAGGAGUGUGGCUGUGCCUGAAGAAAAUCUACUUUAGGACAUGUUAUGAAGGCAGUGACAGUCAUAUUUAUGGUCUUUUUGAACCAUGUGCAUAUAGAUUAUGUUAAUAUUUGUACACUCACAAAGAAUAGUGUGUGCAGUGUGCAUCAAGCAGUAGAUGAAUGACAGGUAGGUGAACAAAAAGGCUUUAGGAUGGUUAGGGAAAGGAAACACCACAUGGCUUUUCUCUAGUUUGCCAUUUCUAGACUUAAAAAAAAAUGUCUCAAUACUUUCCUCUCCAACAGCAAAAAGGAGACAAACUGGUAUCACACUUUGACAUAAGUACUUAGAGACUGUUGUACAAGCACUGACAUAUCUCCUACUUCAGAACACCAGCACUUCAACAGCUUGUUUAAGACAAUAUGACAAAUCAUUCCAGCUGAUGUGGAGAUUUCCAAAUCAGUGUGUCAUCUUCCCUGUCGUUCCCCAGAGGCAUUCCCACAGCAAGGACUCCAGUUGUCUGCGGCAUUGAUAAAUCUGUUGUGAGGCUUCUACACAAACUGUAAGCACCUCUGGACAAGAUCAUCUUGAAACUAAAACCACUUCUGGCAUUCUACUAAUACGUGCACAUCUUGAUUGUAGCUGACUGCAUAACUAGAUCUUGAGGUCUAACCGGUAGAGUGCAAACUUCCCCACUUCCUUCAUCUGCACACUUCAGUGGCUGACAAGUGCUCGCAGCGGUGUGCGUUCCGCGGAGCCACUUCCAUUCUGUCCAGCUGGUUUACAGGGAGUACAGCACUUGCGACAACUCUCGAAAUGCACCAUUUAAAGCACUAGCAUAUUGCAAAGCCUUCAAAAGGGUACAUAGAUGUGGACCUACCCUUGCCCAUAGUCCUUUUAAUAUAAAGUGCCGCAUGAACUAUGCAAUGUAUAGUAAUCCUGAACUAUUUAAAAAAAAAAAAAAAAGAAAAAAAAAACCUGAAUUCUUCUUUCUGAUUAUCUUUAACUCUUUAUCAAUACUUGAAAUGUGAUCUUUCGCUUGUUUUCCAAAGCGGAUGAUUGUUACGAUGUUUGCACUGAAAAGUUGCGGGAUUAGUAAAAAAAAAAAAAUGCCAUUGAAAAUGAUAUUUUUGUAGUAAAACUGAAUUUUGUGAAAAAUGUAUUGUACCUAAUUAAUUGUACCAAAGCGGCCAAUAUUUUAGCUAUUACAAUAAGGUGGCAAGGCCAUUCCAAUAUUUGUAAAGUAAUUGUUGAUACUUCUCAAGAGGCCUAAUGAUCAGGGUACAACAUUAUGGAUUUCAUUUGUAGCUCUGUCUAAUUUUUUUAUACUGUGUACAGAAAACUGAUGAACACAAUCUCUUCCUUGUCUUUAAUUUUCCAGUCUACUAUUUAAUGAGAUUUAUUACUUAGCUGAUGUUGCAGUGUCAUUUAAUUAAAUGGACAUCAUCUCUGUACAGAUUAUGCAAAAUAAAAAUAUUCUUUCUUAAA